ACUGUCAACCCGCACAUAGCACACUGGAUACCUGGAAUAAACUCUUAUUAUUAUUAUUAUCUGGUUUUUUUACUCCUCCUCUUCCUCCUCCUCUUCCUCACCUCCUCCUCCUCCUCUUCCUCACCUCCUGCAGGACCGCACACGCACAGAUUACCCAGACUGCCGCUGGCCUGAGGAAUCGUCCAGGAGAGAGGGAGAACGAGGAGGACGUGCAGUGAUUGGAGGAGGAGGUGGAGAAAGCCCCGCCCCCCCCUCUGAGGAAGUGCACUUGAGAGUCGCUGCUGUCUGUGAUGCCCUCCCAUGACGCCCCGGUCGGUAGCUGACACUGCCAGUGAGCGGGAGACGCCACCGCACAACCGGUCCUGGGCCGGCGCCGUCAGCCGGUUAUCGCCCUCCCUCUCGCAGGCUGGAGACUCCGACUCCGCCCACCUACCAGUAUUCACAACCAUCAGCUCCAAUCCACCCCAGUAAGUCUCUUUCAGAAACCGACACCCUGACGUCCUCAGCCAGCACCACCAGCAGCAGCAGCCAAAAAACACAGUAUCUUCAACGCAAUCAGCAACACCAGCACCACCUUUAUCACCACCACCACCAGCAGCAACCAUCAUGUCCAGACGUAGAAAGUCCUCCACUCCUUGCAUGGUCCGGGUCAUGAGCGACCUGCCUGAAGAGCAAGAUGACCCAGAGGAGGUAAUGGACACGGAAAUACUGGCGGACAGCGUAGAAAAAGAACAAUCAGAAUCUGCAGGAAAGAAUCCAGACACCCAGCAGGAGAAUUCAGAGAAUCCAGACCAGCAGAUGUUUCCAGAAUCAGUGGAAAACCAGAAUCCUGAGCCAUUACAACAAGAGGAGCAGUUGGGUGGGAAAGAUCAACCUUCUGUCAUUGAAGAUGAGGAGGCCACGGAGCAGAAGGACAGGGAAGAGGUUGACUCUGACCCGGCGGCACAGAAGAGGCAGCCCAGAGGCUACGAGUGCAAAUACUGCCCGUUUUCAACGCAGAGCCUGAAUGACUUUAAAGAGCACGUGGACUCCAGCCACCCGAACGUCAUUCUCAAUCCCAUGUACCUCUGCGCCGUCUGCAACUUCAACACCAAGAAGUUCGACUUGCUCACAGAGCACAACGAGAGCCAGCACCCGGGCGAGAUAAACUUCAAGUUCAAGAGGAUAAAAAGGAACAAUCAGACUAUCUUAGAGCAGACAAUCGAAGGCAAGGACAAUUCAGUUGAAUGCGAAGUGACAAAUGGACAGGGUGAAGGCAACAGCAGCUCCGUGUUUCCAGCUUGCGUAUCAACCACAGUGAAAAGCCCCGAAAAUAUCCAGACGCUCUAUCAAGGGAGCGAAUUGAAAAGCCAGCGGGACGGACUGAUCCAGAAGAAUCAAAUCACAGCGGUGAACAUCAACGGAACCGUCAUCAUCCCCGAACCCACCAUCCUCCAAGGGCUCUCCCACGUCGCCCCCAUGCUCCAGCGCCCGCCCAACUUCAACUCUGUACCAAAAAUAGCUGUUCCCUUGAACACCACCAAAUACAACCCUUCUUUAGAUGACAACUUGACGUUGAUAACCUCCUUUAACAAGUUUCCUUACCCAACGCAUGCUGAGCUGUCGUGGCUCACGGCUGCCUCCAAGCACCCGGAGGACCAGAUCAAGGUCUGGUUCACCACCCAGCGGCUUAAGCAAGGCAUCACCUGGUCCCCGGAGGAGGUGGAGGAAGCCAGGAAGAAGAUGUUCAACGGUUCUAUCCCUCCUGCACAUCACACGUUCACCGUCCUGCCUACAAACCCCGUCUUUCAGCCGUCUGCCAAAUCCUCCCAGCAGACAUUCGUCCACACAACGGUUGGGCAUGCAAGUCAUAUACGAACAACAGCGUCCAACGGGUUCAAUGUAGUCGCCACCAUAAACUCCCCCGCUGGAGUUGCACUUGGCUCCAACCAUUCCCUUAAACGAACCCUGCCGACGUACCUGACGACGGUGUUCGGCCCGGAGUCCAAGCGGCCCAUCAUGGCGGUCGCCCCCCAUUCUGGUGACGCUAAAGACAGGGGCCUCAUGGCUCCUCCACCCCCGCCUCCCCCAAAAGACCGCCUCCCAAUGGCUCCGCCUCCUGUUCCCAUGGAGAUGAAGAGACCUGUAGCAGUUCCUCUUGUCACCACGGAGAUGAAGAGGCUAUCCGCUGCUGUGCCUUUAAUGCCGCCGCCAUCAUUGUCGCCAUCGCCGUCUUUGUUGUCCAAAGGGAAGAUUCUCUCGACGUUAGGAAGCCCCAAAACAAAGCCGGUGGUGUCGAUGCCAUCCUUAGUCUUUCCACAGUCUUUAACCAGGCCACUGAUAGUUCCCCCGCCUAUCUUUGCCCCGCCAUUUAACAACUCAUUACUUUUUCCUCUUAAUUCGUCCAUCACUUCCAAAGAGAAGCACCUGAACACCCACGCUAUGCCAGCAUCUGAUCUGAAGCUGCCAAACUCCCCUCCACCUGUUGCCCCACAAAUAAGGAGGCCAACUAUUAUUCAGUCCAUUCGCGCUCCGGGUAAAGCCCCGACCCAGAUUCCAGGGUUCCCUUUGGAUAGCAGGAAACUAAAAGAACAGCAAGGAGGGGAGGUGAAAUCCUACUACCCCAGAGGAGAUAAGGUACUAACUCCUCUGGCAGAGGCCAACGGGAUAUCUCGCACAGAUGGCAGAUGGUCCCACGAUCAAACCUCCCUCGGUCACAACAAUGGGGUCCAACAUUUUGAUGGGCCGCUAGCAGCGCUGAAACCACACUUUAAUCAAAAGUCCUCGGUGAUGACUCAGUUCCCCUUGCUGGAGAGGAUGAAGGGAAAGACGGCGGAACAGCUAAAGAUCUUGGAGGAGAACUUCUUGAGGAACAGCUUUCCAACGCUCAGCGAUGUGGACAAUCUUGCGGGCAGCACCCGACUGUCUCACCAGGAAAUCGACAGCUGGUUCGUUGAGCGCCGCGCGCUACGCGACAACCUGGAACAAGCCCUCCUCAACUCCAUGGGCACUAAGAGGAUGGGCGGCGGCAGCAUCGCGGCCAUCAAUAAGAAACGACUACAUCAGCAGCAACAGCAACACCAAACUCUACAGCUGAAUGGGAUUCACAAACCAAGCACUGGUGUGGGCCAUCUUAAAAGCCCUCUUCCACCAUCUUCCAGCCUUCCCAUCAUCGCCCCCUCCAUCCCCAGCCCAAAUUCCUGCUCAGUGCCUCCAGACGGCCGAUCCCUGGCGCUCCUCAAGGACGAUUUUGCUCAAACGCGGUGGCCUUCCCCUGAGGAGUUCAGCCAGCUGGAGGGUCGGACGGGACGCGCCGAACUCGCCCGCUGGUUCAAUGACAGCCGGCUGCAGAGCGGCGGCCUGGAGCUGGCGCAACUUUUUCACAACAAUGGAGUGAACGGAGGACAGGGGCCACUUAUGUGCUCUCCCAAAAACACUCCCCCUAAUAUCCUCCAGCGCUGUCAGGAAGGAGCCCUAUCAAACAACAACGGCAGUAAGGUGUUGGAGGUGGAGUUGGGCUGGCUAAUGGAGCAGCGCGCCAACAGCCUCAGCAGUCAACAACGGGAUGAACUCCAAGACCGGUUGGCUGGAAGACGGAGGCAGCAGAACGUGGCGGAGUUGAAGAACGGGGGACAGAACGGGGGAGUCGUUGGGGGAGCGAGGGAGGUGUUCGGCAGCUGGCUGGAGGACGGACACUCGAGGAGAGGACGGGAGCUGCUCCUGGACCGGGAGAGGAAGAUGACUGGAUGAACGGUGCGAUAAGGAGUUGACGCCGUCGCCGCCACUGCUGCUGGAAAGGAGGAGAAAAGAAAACGAGGUGGACGGAGAAUGGAGCAACUUUUUUUUAUAUAUAUGAUCAGAUAUCGUCAUUUUUUGUUCUUUUUUAUUUUUUUAUCUCUUGAUUGUCGCUUCCCGGCUCACACACAACAUCAUCCUCGCCGUUCUCGACCUGGAGUGACCCCCCCCUUCCACGUUCGCGCAACAAAAGCACGAGUUAGAAAAAAAAAAAAAAAACUGCGGGGGCUUUUAUUUUAUUUUGUUGAGGCGGAUACACGCUCCCAAAUUGAAAUCAGAGGAGUGCAAGGAGAGAUUCAGGGUCACGAUCUGUGAAGAUAAUUGAAACUGCCCUCCCUAACAGUGAAUCUAUAAUUGGACCUUUCUUUUUCAUUUCUCACAGUGAUGUGAGUUUGACAAUAGUUUAACAAAACAGGAGCUAAUCCUCUUCUAGUAUAAGCAGAGGCGAGGCUCAGUGCACAUCAGUUAUUCGACUUAAAGCUGUAACAACAAGUAGAAUUUGUUUUUUCUUCCCCAAAUUUCCUUUCAGAGGCAGAUUAGUUGUACUUAUGCUGUACUAGCCAGUCACAGUAAAAUAUUAUGAAUAAUAUUCAAUUUAGGUAAAAUGAAAGAAGUAAAUAAUGUGGUACUGCCCCUUUAAGAUGCCCCGCUACCAUUUUCAUAUAACAUACUAGUACACGGAGUAUUAAUAUUGACUGUAACACACAAAUUUAUCAUUCACUCAAAGAUCAAAAUCAAUGCAGCAAAACAAGAGAUAAUGUAUUUUUUUAUUCCACACCUGGUUUAAACCUGGAGCCUACAUUACCCACAAUGCACCGUGACUAUAGAUAGUUUACAAUCAGGUGAUUAGUUGGUUUAUGACAACUGUCUAUAGUUCGGAAACAUAAAUGUUAAAUUGAUUAAUUGCUCGUUUGGAUGCUGAAACAAAAUAUAUAUUUCUUUAGAUUUAUUCAGACUUUUUAAAGAGAAACUGAAACCUAAAGUGACGUAUAAGAUACCGUGACUUUUAAUGGCUUUUAAUGUCAUCAAC